GCAGGCCUCUUCAUAUCAUACCACCCUCGGCUCGCCUCGCGAAAACCCUAACUCCUGCAUCACUCCUCCUCAAAUGGCCAAACAGAUCUACUACAGCACGACCUUCCCUGGCGGCACUGGAACCGUUUACUCCUUAUACGGCGCCGAACCUUACUUGCCUGUUGCAGUCGGAUCCUCCCGUUACGCCACUGAUGGGACCGCCCUUACGGGCGUUGGUGAGCGAGCUUCUUAUGUCUACACUACUCAGAACAAUGGUUUAAUGGCUCCAGGCACGGAAAUACCCAGCGUCGGUGUGUACUCAGCCGGGAACAUUGGUGCAGGCCUGACUACGUUGCCAUCAAUUGCGGUGGAUGGGUUGGGCGUGACUACGACGGUGAACGCAGAGUCGAAGAGGUCCGCGGAAGCUCUCUACAAUCAGAGUAUUCUAGCACAUAGCACUAUUGGGCCAAGUGAUGCUUUAUUAUCUACAUACUCUUUGGCCAAACGCCCCAAACUUGUAAGCUCAAGCUAUCUGCCUAUGUAUCCUCAACGCCCCGGAGAGAAGGAUUGUGUUCACUAUAUGUUGACAAGAACCUGCAAAUUUGGAGAGGCUUGCAAGUUCGAUCAUCCAGUUUGGGUUCCUGAAGGUGGAAUCCCAGACUGGAAAGAGGUUCCACUUAUUCCUACGAGUGAAUCCCUUCCUGAGAGACCAGGAGAACCUGACUGUCCUUACUUUUUGAAAACCCAAACGUGCAAAUAUGGUUCGAAAUGUAAGUUCAACCAUCCCAGGGAGAAAUUAAGCGCUUCUAUUACUGUAGCAGAGAGUAUUGAAUUUCCUUUCAAUUCAGAAUUACCAGAAAGGCCAUCAGAAGCUGUAUGCACGUUUUAUGCAAAGACUGGAAAAUGUAAAUUUGGUGCGAAUUGCAAAUUUCAUCAUCCAAAGGGCAUCCAAAUACAGUCAGCUGGAAAAGACACAGGAUACCCUGAAAAAAACGAGUCAACAACAUACAAUGCUGAUGCAGCCAAGACAUUCGUUUCAUUCUCACCUGCCUUUUUGCACAAUUCUAAGGGCCUACCCAUUCGACCGGGUGAAGCAGAAUGCCCGUUCUACCUAAAAACUGGCAGUUGCAAAUAUGGUGCUACUUGUCGAUAUAGUCAUCCAGAUAGAGUCUUUAUCAAUCCCACACAUACUGCAAAUUUAAACAAUGCAAUUUUAACUCCAGCCGUUGCCAGUUAUCCUCUCGGAGUGGUAAAUCCAGCUGCUACUUUUCUCCCAACUGUAGAUCCUCGUUUGGCUCAGGUUGGAGUUACUGUAUACCCUCAAAGGCCAGGAGAAAUUGAAUGCGAUUAUUACAUGAGGACUGGUCAUUGCAAGUUUGGAGAGAGAUGCAGGUUCCACCACCCUGUCGAUAGAUCAAUACCAAAUGCAACUAGUGCGAAGCAACCCCAAGAAAGUGUCAAGCUUACCCUUGCUGGGCUUCCUAGAAGAGAGGGCUCCGUUGCAUGUCCCUUCUAUAUGAAGACCGGCAUUUGCAAGUAUGGCGUGGCAUGCCGCUUUGAUCAUCCUCCUCCUGGAGAAGCCGUAGCCAUGGCGCAAGUAACCAGCGGGACGGCAGAAGCAAGCAACGGUGACAGGUCGGGUGAGGAGGAAGAGGACGAGGAAGAUACAGGUGAGUCUUCAGAGUGAUAUGGUUUUGAUCGUGCAGCCUAUCUUCUGAACCAUUAAUUGUUGGGCAAGCUUUAUGAUAUUUUUUUAUGGUGUAAUGAAGUAUGGAUUGUUUAUUUUUUUCUUCUCCUUUA